AUGGAAGAGGAAUCCGGCGCAGCUUCAAGGUACUACUGCCACAUGUGCUCACUGAUCAUACGGCCCGAACUGGGCAUCGAGGAGGUGAAGUGCCCCCACUGCCACACCGGCUUCGUGGAGGAGAUGGCGGGCGACCGGCGAGGCAGCGGCGACGAGAACAUCCGAGGCCGUGCUGCCGGCGAGGCGAGCGUCAACGCCUCGGACGCGGCGCUGGAGCGCGAGGUUUCGCUCUGGGCGCCUGUCCUCAUGGACUUCAUCGCCGCCUCGUCCGGCCGCCACGGCCUCGACGGCGGCGGCGGAGGCGGAGGGGACCUCGCGGCUCUGGCGCGAAGGCAGUACCGCAACAUCGCCCUCCUGCAGCUGCUCAACGCGCUCCAGGAAGGCGACGCCGACGGCGGGCGCGAGCGGGUCGUGCUCAUGAGCCCCGCGGACGCGCGCGCCAUGCUCAUGGGACAAGAGCGAAGGGACGGGGACCGCGGCGGCGCCGCCGCCUUGGGUCCCAGCGGCCUGACGCUCGGGGACCUGUUCCUCGGCCCGGGGCUGGACCUGCUGCUGGAGUACCUGGCCGAGACCGACCCGAGCCGGCAGGGCACGCCGCCGGCCAGGAAGGAGGCCGUGGCCGCGCUGCCGACGGUCCGGGUGCGCGAGGCCUUCACCUGCCCCGUGUGCCUGGACGAGGUCGCGGGCGGCGGCGAGGCGCGCGAGAUGCCGUGCACGCACCGGUUCCACGACCAGUGCAUCCUACCGUGGCUGGAGAUGCACAGCUCCUGCCCCGUGUGCAGGCACCAGCUGCCCACGGAGGAGCCCUCGGCUGAGGCAACUGGCAGCGGCAGAGGCGCUGGUGUUGAGUCCAGUGGCAACGCGCGCGGCGGAGACAGGGGAAGCGGCGGCGGGAGGAGGCAUUGGUUCUCGUGGUCCUUUGGCGGGCUGUUCUCGCAAAGAUCCAACGGCAACUCCUCGUCGUCGUCGUGA